AUGUUUGAUUCCGGAUUACCACCGGGCUACGACGCCAAUGACCAAGACGUUGAUUUACCUGCAUACUCUUCAUUGUCCGGCGUAGGACGUGAGGUACCUUCGAAUUUGACCGAUUUAUCUGACGGAGCAUCGAAGGAGUUCACAUACAACAUUCCAUUGAAAGGGAACAAAUCCAGCGCGUCGUUAGUGUUGUAUGGCAAUGCGUUGAUCUCGAAGCAUUUGCCAACGUUUUUGGAAGACUCUAAGGUCGAUGGUUUGGUGAAGGUAGAUGUUGAAAGUGGCGAAUCCAUAAAUGCAGUAGUAAUUUCGAUUCAGGGAAAAAUCCUUUCGGGCGCGAAGCAACAUAUCUUCCUUGAUUAUAACCAGACAUUAUGGUCACUGUCUGACGGGCAUACCAGUGCAAACGGCAAACUUCAAGGAAUACAUGAUUGGCCUUUCUCUGUGCAUCUCCCGAAAGAAGUUAGCCUCACUAUAGGGUCGAAAGAUGCGCCUCGGGUCGAGGUCUUUCGUCUUCCACAAACUUUCAUGGAACGGCAUGCCAGGGCGAGCAUACAAUAUGAAGUAAUUGCCCGCUUUUCUCGUGGUUUACUGAAGACGGACCAUCGAAUCAUAACACCGUUCAUCUACGUACCUAUCAUUCAUCCAGGGCUUCCUUCACGGCUCAGACAAGUUGCGUAUGAGGGGAACACAACCAUACCGGGACCCAUCGCAGACCCGCAAGGCUGGCAUACACUAGCCCCAGUUCAGAUCCAAGGUAAACUGUUUAAUCGACAAACAGUUAACUUCUCGUGUACUCUAUCUCUGGCAUUACCUCUUUCUUACGCAAGGGGAUCUGUCAUUCCACUUCAUCUAGUCAUUCAAUCAGACGACGUUCAAACUCUCGAAUCUCUCUUCCCGCCUCGUGCUAUCAUCUGUCGCCUUCGUCGAACUCUUCGUUAUCAUCCCGAAGAGAACAAGGCUGUUGAUCCUAAGCUCAGAAAAGACGAGUUCGAGCACUCAGAACUCGCAACGUGGUGGCCUUUGGUCGAAUCUUCAAGGUCAGAGAAAGGAACAUUCAAACGAACAUUGAGUGGCGAGAUCGUCCUUUCACCGGACUUGAUGCCUACCACAUUCAUUGGUCGCUUUCAGCUUGAGUACUCGGUAGUCUUGUUCCCCUUUGACGCAAACAAUUUCCAGCCAGGAAGUAACAACAUGCUGGUGGAUUGUGCCGUCGAAAUUGCAACUAAUUUACCACCUGGUCCUCGUCCAAGGAUUUACAGACCAGAAUACCAAUCCGUCUAG